GCCCCAUUUACACACCUCGUGGAGUAUAACGAUGUCCGCUUCCAAGGAAGCCUCUUCGACACGAACCCAUACAAAGGAUUCCCCAACCCACACCUGGACGCCGCAUGGGGCCACAUUACUCACAUGGCUCAACUGAGGAUUUCAGCAGAAGACAUGGCCCGGCUCAAGAAACCACUGACCCAGGUGAAGGUGGCUGAGGCCGAGGGCGAUGGGUAUGCGGGCGGGAUCGAGGUGUUGCAUCAGCUCCACUGCGUCAAUCUGGUCCGACAGUAUACGUAUCACGACUACUACUCUCAGCUAGAUAAUAAGCCGGUAGAGUUCCGCGAUUCGAAUGAGACGCUGCGGUUGCAUGUUGAUCACUGCAUCGACAUGUUGCGGCAAGUGAUACAGUGCAACGGCGAUGUCGGGGUGGUGACGAGGAGCUGGGUCAAGGGUCGCGCCAUCAGCUAUCCGGACUUCAGCGUAUGGCACAAGUGUCGGAAGCUGGAGCCCAUCGCAGAGUACUCGAAGGCACACGAGAUUGACACGGAACCCAUCAAGCUUCCAGAUUCUCUGGAACUCCCGGAGCCGCCAUGCACGAAUGCUGCGCCCCAUGACAUUUGUCCAUAG